ACUGUGAACGAGCUCAGUUCAGCGGCUCCCAUUCUAACCUGAAGCUUUCCUUUCAGAUCCAGAGUUCUCAUCCAGACGCGCUUCAUCAUCAGUGUGCGGUGCGGUAACGUUACGUCCUGCGCGCGGCGCGGCGGGGCGGGGCCAGAGCGCGGUGACGUCAGAAAGGUCGUGGGUGAGAGGUGAUCGGGACACAUCUUGUUGUCUUUGUAAGAGUGGAGCUCGAUCACGCAGCCGUGUCUUCCCUCUUCCCCGAAUCCUCUCAAAACUCCCUCCCGAACCUCCCGGACCUCCCCCUCUCACCCUCCGGACCCUCGGACCCUCUCCCCUCCCGCAGCGCGCGUCAGGUUGAUCAUCCGUGACCAAAGAUUCAGAGCUCGACUCAUUGAUCAUCAUGGACUCAGGUGUGAUUGAAGGAGGACUCAACGUCACGCUCACCAUCAGACUGCUCAUGCAUGGCAAAGAAGUGGGCAGCAUCAUUGGAAAGAAGGGUGAAUCGGUGAAGAAGAUGCGAGAGGAGAGCGGUGCUCGGAUCAACAUUUCUGAAGGGAACUGCCCCGAACGCAUCAUCACCCUCGCAGGCCCCACCACCGCCAUCUUCAAAGCCUUCUCCAUGAUCAUUGAGAAACUAGAGGAGGACAUCAGCAGCUCCAUGUCCAACAGCACGGCCACCUCGAAGCCCCCGGUCACGCUGCGGAUCGUGGUGCCGGCUAGCCAGUGCGGCUCGCUCAUCGGCAAGGGCGGCUGCAAGAUCAAAGAGAUCAGGGAGUCGACAGGAGCUCAGGUACAGGUGGCUGGAGACAUGCUGCCUAACUCUACUGAGAGAGCCAUUACUAUCGCUGGGACCCCGCUGUCCAUCAUCGAGUGUGUCAAACAGAUCUGUGUGGUCAUGCUGGAGGUAAAACUUCACCUUCUCACCCUUGACUCUGGCUUCUUUGACUUUUUCUGCUGUAGUACACCCAAAACAGAACAAACGUGUGUUUUGCAGGCAUAUGCGGUGCAGGGACAACAUGCCAUUCCUCAGCCUGAUCUCACUAAACUCCACCAGUUGGCAAUGCAGCAGAGUCCCUUUCCUUUGGCCCCCAGCAGCCAAGGCUUCACUUCUGGUAUGGACGCUACUGCACAGACAGGCUCUCAUGAACUGACCAUUCCAAAUGAUUUGAUUGGCUGCAUCAUCGGCCGCCAAGGUGCCAAGAUCAAUGAGAUUCGUCAGAUGUCAGGGGCACAGAUCAAGAUCGCCAAUCCAGUGGAGGGCUCGACCGACCGACAGGUCACCAUCACCGGCUCACCUGCCAGCAUCAGUCUGGCCGAGUACCUAAUCAACGCACGACUCUCAUCCGAGGCUACAGGAAUGGCCGCGAACUGAUGCUCUCCGCCACCCCACCGCCCCUUUUCUCCUCCUCCAUCACAUUACGCUCUCUAAGUGCAAAAGGAAACCAAGUAUUUUCAACCUAACUUUUCCUUUCACCCACCCCAAGCUAUGCUUCAUGGAUAUACACAAGUAUUUUAUUUAUUUAUUUCAUGAAAAUGUUUUUAAAAUCCCUUUGCGUACAGUUUUUAAUGUCUUUUUUCUUUGCAUAUUUUGUCAGUUGACAUUACCGUAUAGAAGUGACAGUGGAGAAAGUGGAAAAAUCUGAAAACGCAUAAAUGUUUUUGUUAUCUCAGAUUUUUCUUAUAAAAACAGAAACAAAUAAAAAAGAGAGCAAAUACUAAUUAUAGAUUGACCGCUUUCCCUAUAUCAAACAUUUAUUUAUUUAAAUUUAACUCUAGGAAGUUACAGAUUUUAAAAUCCUAGAAAUGAGCUUUAGAGAAUAAGCUCCGUUUUCUGCAUCAGAUCGAUUUGAAUCUGUGAGGUGUUUUUUUUUUUGGACGUUUGAAUAUUUGUCAUUCCUCAAUAUUGUCUUUUUUUUCCUCUUUAUCCUGAAGUUGGAGAUUUUGUUUGAGGGAGGGAUGGGAGAUGCUGCAGUUUCUGCAUAAAUGACAUUACUGGUAUAAUAAUGAGUUGAAAAUAUUUCUUUUAGAGAGAAUAUUUUUUUUUAACCCUGUGGUGUAGAGCCCAGACUGGAGGAGUCCCAGUUGACAUUUAUAUGAUGAUGCGACUUGAGUUACUGAUCAAUUACAUGACUAGAAGGAACUUUCUAGAAUUAACACUAGUUUCCUCUAUACUCUGCUUGAGUAAUAGUUAUGUUUUCUAUUUUUUAUUUUUUUUUUCUAUUUUAUUUUUUGUUUUCUGGCAGGAGGAAGGAAAACCUAAAACCUUUUUGUGCACGUUUUCAGAAUAUUGUAGAUUUGGAGUGCAGCUGGAAUGAAGAAUUAAACAUGCAAAAUUAAAACAUGAAAUGCUGAAACUA